UCCUCGUAUACACACGAGGCUUUAGCAAAUCUUCUGUGCAUUCAGUCGAGAACCGGUACUCUAUACAGACGUGUUUUUUUAAAUUUAAUAUAUUACAUACAUAUACAUUUUAUUUAUUUAUUUCAGUGUUUUUUAAUAUAAACACGAUAGGAUAAAUAAUUUAUAAAAUAAAAUUAAAUGUUUACAAGUGCAAUUACAUAAAUAUCGUGACAAAUACAUACAUAUAUACCAUCAAAAAUUACAUGUGAGCUAUUUUAACUAAAAAUAUGGAUUGAUUGUCGUGCUCAAUAAAUAAAAAUAAUGAUAUGUGACAUGCUAAUUAAAAACUGAUAACAAUAAUGAGGAGGAUCGCGGGUCCGAAGAAAGAACUCAUUAUAACAACAGCAACAACAACAACAUCAAAAGGCCCACUUUUAAUCCUUUUCAUUACAUUAACACCAAUAGCUUAUUCAACAGCCGCUGCAGCUGCUGGAAUUUUAGAUCCAUGGCAAUGGACACGAAGUGAUAAAAUUGAAGUCAAUAUACCCUGGUUACCAUUUGAAAAUGAAACGAGGUGUUAUGAUGAGUUAGGCUGUCUAAAUAUAACAAGAAGCUGGUACCAUUUGAUACAUCGACCGCUAAAUGUAUUUCCACUACCACGAGAAGUUAUCAAUACAAGAUUUAUACUUUAUACAAAUGAUAAUCCUACAGAGGGCCAAGUUCUUAUCGUGGGGAAAGAUAAGUCGAUAAAAAGAUCAAAUUUCGAUCCAAAACGUAAAACAAAAUUUAUUAUACAUGGAUUUAUUGACACACCACUGAGUAACUGGGUCAAGGAAAUGAGAAAUGAAUUACUCCAGCAUGGUGAUUACAACAUUAUAAUCGUUGAUUGGGCUGGAGGUAGCUUACCUCUAUAUACGCAGGCUACUGCAAACACUAGACUUGUUGGCUUGGAGAUUGCGCAUCUUGUAAAACAUCUCCAUAUAAACUAUGGCUUGGAGAUGGGUGACGUUCAUCUAAUAGGCCACAGUCUUGGUGCCCAUACUGCAGGAUAUGCUGGAGAAAAAUUGGAAGGUGAAGUCGGGCGUAUAACAGGAUUAGAUCCUGCGGAGCCAAAUUUUCAGGGUAUGCCGAGUCAUAUUCGCUUAGAUUGGACGGACGCUCAGCUUGUCGAUGUUAUCCAUACUGAUGGGAAAAGUAUUUUUUUUCUAGGAUAUGGAAUGAGUCAACCGUGUGGACACUUGGAUUUCUACCCAAACAAUGGAAAAGAACAGCCCGGAUGUACUGAUUUAAGUGAAACAACUCCUUCACUACCGCUUACACUAAUCAGAGAAGGUCUUGAGGAAGCGUCUCGUGUCCUUGUUGCCUGCAAUCACAUCCGAGCAAUAAAACUUUUUAUCGAAAGUAUAAACUCAAAGUGUCAGUAUGUAGCGCACGAAUGCAAUAACUACGCGAAUUUUCUCCGCGGUGAAUGUUUCUCUUGUAAAAGUAAUAAUAGUCUGAGUUGUGGCAUAAUGGGUUAUCAUGCUGAUCAGAGUCCCGCUUUGGUGAAAAGGUUAGCGAUGGGUCAGUCUGCUGGUACAUCAUUACUUGGUUCGAAAUUUUUUGUUUCUACCGGCAAAGAAGAUCCUUACUGUCGCAGACAUUACAGAAUAACAAUGAAUUUAGCAAGACCACCAACUGCUGAAAGUUGGGUCCAAGGUUUUAUGAAAGUUACACUACAUGCUGAAAAUGGGAUCAUACGUAACAUGGAUCUUACCCCAAACGGUUAUAUGAGAUUAGAACAUGGGACAACGAGGAAAAUAGUCGUGGCGCACCCAGGAGGUGCAGCUAAUGACAUGGGAAAGAUACGAAAAGUUGAACUCGCUUGGACAUAUGAUAUGGACGUACUACAACCACGAUCACUUUGUUUUUUUUGGUGUAAUGAUAGGCUGUAUGUUGAAAAUAUUGUUGUUGAUAUAAUGGAACUUCCAGGACGAGGGAAAAGAGAAACGGAUUUCUCGAGUAAACUCUGUUCAAUUCAAGGCCGUAAAAAUUAUGCUGAAAUAACGAGUGGUUCUAGUGCUGCCUUUGUUGAUAAUUGUCGUUAAGGAAGAUAUACAUAUAAGAUAUAAUAUAUAAAAGGUGCAAGUUACCUUCAACACUCUUGUUGUCGUCAGUAAAACUUAUUACUCAACGUUUUACGUCCGCGUAAUUUAUAUUAGCCGACAAUAUGUACAAUAUUAUGUAAAUAAGAAAUAUGAGACAAAAAAAAGCAUGAUAUGAGCGGGUUACAUCUACUUUACAUCAAUAGGCUUUUUUUUUACAAUAUCGAUGUUUAUUACCGCAUUGUAUAUUUUCGCGCAUUUUACAAUAUGUAUACGCUUAUGUCUAAUUAUAUUAUUUUUUUAUACUUUUUAUAUUAUUUUUAUUUUUAUCAUUGUGAUAUAUUAUUAUUAGUACAUCCGAUUAAAAGAAAAUAAACAAUCUUAUUUUAAAUUACAA